AUGUCUUUGUGGAGCACCUACCGAUCCCUCACACCCAAAACGCGGGCUUUGUUCGGCGUCGGCGUGAUGGCCUGGGCAACGAUUGGACUUUGGACGACGCCGCAGGUGGAAAGCGCCCUCGGUAUGCAGGCAUCCAAGGAUGAGCAGGAGGCGCUGGACCGACAGCUCGCCGUGCGGAUUUCGAGAGUUGGUGGGGAGGAAAAGAGUGAUGAUCGGGCGCACUGA